UCUCUGAAUGUCAAACCGAAUAAGUCAGUGUCAUUCAUUGCUUCAUCUUGCCUGUGUUUUUUAUGGUGGUGUCAGAUCUUAAAUUUUAAUUUCUGUAAAUAUUUUUGUAUCCAAAAUGGAUGAGGGGAUAGGGACGGUGAAGUUAACGUAUAAAAUACAUAAAUAUUCCAGCGUAUCAGCACACUAUGUUCCUGAAAACAUUAUGGUCAAUAACCCAACAGACCAGCUAUCAAGAUGGUUCACAGACAGUUCCACUCCUUGUCAGUUCAUAGUGCUUAAGCUGCAGACAACCUCCAUAGUGGAAACUAUAAAAUUUGGUAAAUACAUGAAACCACAUGUGAGCGACUUGAAAAAAUUUGAAGUAUACGGUGGCACUGAUGAGAAUAACUUAUCAUUAUUAUUAACUGCAGGGCUCAGAAAAGACAAUAUUGCGGAGACAUUUCAACUACGUCACAGGACAUCAGAGGGCUUAUAUCUUCCCGUUGAUUAUAUAAAGAUAGUUCCUCUGCAGUCCUGGGGACCUGCAUGCAAUUAUACCAUAUGGUAUGUGGAGCUGGAGGGAAAGAAUCAAGAAGACUUCAUCAGUCACGCUUUGGAAACUAUUAAUAUGCGUAAAGAAGAAGAAGCAGUGCGAAUAUUAUUAAAACAUUUACGUCGACGACGGUAUAAAGACGCGUUCGAAGCCUUAUCGCGUGAAACCGGAGUACAGUUAGAGGGUCCGGUACAGGCUCGCUUGUGGAACGCAUUGGUGGAAAAUGGAGAUUAUGAACUUGCUGAAAAGAUUUUUGUGGAGGGUGCUAGAGAUGGUGAACUAGACUGGUACAUGUCAUGGCAGCCCUAUACACCCGAAUGGCGGCAGAUGUGCGGGUGCUCCGCUCAAGUAGAGGAGCGCCUUUACAGCGGUGACGCUAUACCAUCCGUGACCGCUAGGGCUCAGGACUUGUCCUGCGUGGAUAGGGACCCGAGACUUGAAGCACCUGAAGUGGGUCAGACAAACGGGAGCGAAGUAGUAGACAAUUGUUUCGUAUCAUGCGGAACCGCGUGCGCCAAUAGACCGGGGCCACGUGGUGGGCAUCAACUCGUUGUUGAUCUUAAUACAGGCACCCUAUACCUCUUCGGCGGCUGGAACGGUACAGAAGACCUGGACGAUCUCUGGAGCUUCGACACCACAACAGAGCGCUGGACGCUCCUCUGUAGACACAGUGGCAUGCUCGGUGGGCCUUCGCCCCGGUCCUGCCAUAAAAUGGUGUUCGAUCCCAUCAACGAAAAGUUAUAUACGUUAGGCAGGUACCUAGAUGGGAUACAGAGGACGCCCAAUAAUUUGACGAGUGAUCUCUACGUAUAUUCAGUGAAGACAGCGGAGUGGUCACUGGUGAUGAACGACACAGCGCUAGCGGGCGGGCCUCGGCUCGUGUUCGACCACCAGAUGUGUAUAGACCCCGACACCAGCACCAUCUACGUGUUCGGCGGCCGCUUGCUGCCCACUAGCGCGGAUGAGAUGAUGACUCCCCAAUACUCUGGUCUGUACGCGUACUACAUACAAACGAAUACGUGGCAGCAACUUCUACCAGACAACCAUGACUUGCCCGCACCGCAACCUCGAGUUUCUCACUCUAUGCUGUUUCAUCCAAUCCAACGCCGCCUGUACAUAUUCGCUGGGCAGCGGAACAAGGAACAGCUGUUGGACGUAUGGUGGUGGGAGGCGGGGUCGGGGCGCUGCGGCGCGCUGUGCGCCGGCGCGUGCGCCCCGCCCGCCGCCGGGUUCACGCAGCGGGCCACGCUCGACCCCGACACGGACGAGAUCUUCGUGCUGUCGGGCAUGAGCAAAGAGAAGGACCGUCGCGUAUACAACCAGCUAUGGGUGCUAUCACUGCGCCGGCUCACGUGGAGCUGCGUGUACCGGAACGACACGCUCGACGCGCACGAGCCGCGCCCACGGUUCGCGCACCAGCUCGUUUAUGAUCAUGUUCGGAAGAUCCACUAUCUAUUCGGCGGCAACCCGGGCACUACCACCAGCCCGCGACUGCGCCUGGACGAUCUAUGGGCACUGCGGUUACUCAAGCCGUCCCUCGAGCGAGUCAUACGCAGCGGUAAAGCGGCGCUAAGAGAGGCCCGGUACCGCUCGCUAGCUGCCGAGCCGGCCGCCGCGCACCAGGCGCUGCACUACCUGCGGCACGACCUCAGUGACGUCACCGACCAUGACGACCCCGCGCAGGUGAGCCACUUCCAGCGGCUGGCGACAGUGCUGUUCACUGGGCGACAAGACACAGGCGAGUGCGUGUCGCUGUGCGGGCGCCGCGCCCGCGCGCUGGCCCGCCGCCGCGCGCCCGCACCGCCCGCUAGACACCACCUCGCUAGAGCACUCGCUGCGGUAUUAGGCGCAGAUGAAACCAUCCCCGAAGCAUCCACCCCGUUCGAAGACGCGAUAUCCCCCUCCGUGGACACGUGGGACGUGAGCGACGACGGGCCCUGGGCGGACGAGGACGAGGGCCCCGCGAGCCCUGAAGGCCCCGGGGGCCCCGACGGGGACGGGGCCCGCGCGGCCAGGGUCCGCCUGUACGACCAGCUGUGCCAGUACUACCGCCCCUCCACUGUGCCGCCCAAGAAGGAUAUCAUGGACUUUGUCACUUUGUGA